AUGUCCGCAAGAAGAACUCUGAACCUCGACCGUGCCAAGGGCUUCCUGGACGAGUCAGACCCUGCCUUGGUAUCGAAGGGGACCAAAUCGACGAAGACAUCAUUGGACCUCAACCGCGCCAAGUCUUUCCUGCAAAGAGACGCAGACCGCGGAGUGAGAAGAUCGACUUCGUUUGAGAACAACCUAAGACUUCAUGUUCCUGGUAUGCGAUCUCGAGAUGCUCGACCCGAAAUGAGCAAAGCCAAGUCGGCCAGGGCGUUGUCGUUCAUGAGUAGAGGAAAGUCAACCUCUCCCGUUCCAGGGCCACGAAAGAACCAUUGCAGCCGAUCGGCCAAAGUGCCCAAAGCCGAGAGCAGUUCUUCGAGCCGCCGCAGCCGAAGCAGUCGAAGCCCUUCCCCCAUGCCCUCCAAGUCUGCUUCUCGUCGACGAUACAUUGUUCGAGAUUCGUCACGGCGACGAGUCAUUGGAGACGAACCAUCCAAUCAAGACGAUGGCAUCUUUCGAAGCUAA